AUGGCUCUGCAAUCGGGCCACCUGCCCGCCCCGCUGGCGGCCUGCCGGACCGGCCAGAGCGGCGGGCUCCAUCGGAAGUCGGCCACUUGUCGACUAUCGGUCUCCUUGCCGGUGUUUAGCCUUAAAUGGAGUUUACCACCAGCUCAGGGCUGCAUUCCUACACAACCCGACUCCGGGAAGGGAAGGCUGCAGCGUCUCUCUAUCGUCACAAGCCCCAGGAAACAGGGAGACUUCUCCUCCUCUAAAAUCUGCAUCCUGCUCUCUGACUUUUUGCUUUGUGUGGGAGAUUCCAGCAACUUGUUCCAGAUCAGGGCGCAGCACGUGAUGCGCUCCUUGCCGAGGCCGCUCAGCGAGCCGUGCGACCGCUCCUUUGCCGUGACCCGCCUCUGCAAGCAGCAAGAGUGUCUCGCUAACCAUCGCGUGUCCCAGGCCAGCGAGGCCAGCACGUACGACUCGGCCUGCUGUCUGGUCAACCCGCUGGAGGAAGAAGAUGAAGGAGAAUUCCACCAGCGCUUGGCUCAAGGGUCCUCCAACAGUGACAAGAGUUUGGACGUUGACUCUGGCUACUCUGAGGCCUCGUGGCACGAUGAAGGUGUUGUUCUGAGAAGGACAAGAAAUGUGCGGGUGUCUUCUUCCGCUUGCCUUCGCACGAACACGGGACCUUCGGGAAGGAUCCGACCCAAAUCUACCUCGGACGCUUGCUUAGAGCGCUGGACCUCCUUUGAGGCCAACGACGCAGAGGACUGGACCACAGCCUUGCUCAGUAGGAGUAGAAACAGACAGCCUCUGGUUCUGGGAGACAACAGUUUUGCGGACCUAAUAAAGAAUUGGAUGGAUCUUCCGGAGUGUCCAGAACCUGCACAACACAAGGCAAGCGGCGGGCGACGUCUCGCCAAGGACAUUCUAAUCAACAUGAAGCGACGACUGGCCGGAAUGUCCAAAAGUGUGGAAAUGAGGCAGAAACCAGCAGACUCCGCUCGAGGGGGCGGGGUUUCCGAAGCCCCUAAAAGGAUGUCCUGCCCUUUGGGAAUUCAGUCGCUCAAACCUUUCUUCCACCAGUCACACACGGGACUGCACACGCUCGACUCGGACUUUUACCGCUUUACUGCCCUAAUGAAGACGGGCAGCCGACAGCCUAUAAUAUGCAACGACAUCAUCGGUUACAUCUAA